AUGGAAGAGGAACAAGCAAAGUUAAGGACUCAACUACGGCUUCAAAUAACACAACGACGGCAAGAUAUCGUACAGGCUGCGCAGAGACUAGUGGCUGCUCCAUCGCCAUGCCCGCCAGGAAAUACCACACUGACAGCUAAAGCUGCUAUACAGCUGCUCACAGAAGCUAUCCCAGACAUUCAGGUAACCCGCCAUGAACCCGAGGAGGGAAUUGUGAAUGUAGUUGCAUGCAUCUCGAGCGGCCGUCCUGGUAAACGACUUAUUUUCAACGGACAUCUAGAUACGUUCCCACUUGGUGAAGAUCUAAAUUGGACUGUGCCACCAACUGGUGGUGUGGUAAAGAAUGAUCGCCUUUAUGGACGAGGUGUCUCUGAUAUGAAAGGUGGCAUUGCAGCAUCCAUCAUCGCGGCAACAAUCCUGUCGGAGAACCGAAAUAUCUGGUCUGGUGAAAUCGUGAUUACUCUUGCUGGGGAUGAAGAGUCAAUGGGCAAACAAGGCACUAAGUGGCUUCUGGAUAAUGUUGAAAAGGCGACGGGCGAUGCCAUGAUAUGUGGUGAUGCCGGCUCUCCAAGGGUUAUCCGCUUUGGAGAAAAAGGGUUUGUCUGGGUUGAUAUCGAAGCUACUGGUACCCCUGCCCACGGAGCACAUGUUCAUCGAGGUGUGAAUGCCAUUGAUCGUCUCCGAAAGGCACUGGAUGCCGUUUAUGAGCUUGAAAAGAUCUCGAUUAAUGCACCACAGGAGGUGUUAGAUGCUAUUGAUGCAGCAAGAGGCAUAUCCGAAGAGCUCUCGGGGGUAGGAGAAUCAAAUACACUACAGUGUAUUACCGUCAACACAGGCACAAUCAAGGGCGGUGUGUCACCAAAUCUAGUCCCGAGCUCUGCAGUGGCCCAAUGUGAUAUCCGUAUACCUGUGGGCGUAUCAACGGACUUUAUAUCACAGAGAUUGAAGGACAUGCUUGGGUCGAUGGAGGGAGUAUCCUGGCGUAUUCUACGGACAUCUGAACCCAACUAUACGUCUCCGAACCAUGAGAUAUGCAGAUUAGCUGAGAUGGUAUCGACUGAAGUCUUGGGCCAGCAUGCCAUUUGCAAUAUGCGGGUUGGAGCAUCCGAUUCGCGCUGGUAUCGUGCCGCUAAUGUGCCGACUGUGGUUGUUGGAUGCACGCCAAACAAUAUGGGUGCAGCAGAUGAGUAUGUUGAAAUAGAUGAGUUGGUUAGCAUCUCGCAAAUUCAUACUAUUGUCGCAUACGAAUUCCUGAAGGAUAGCACAAAAUAA